GGUGCCUUUCCUCCUGGAAUUGUAAGUGGAGCACAAUACUAGCUCUUGCUUACACUGUGAAGUGGAUAUUGUUACAGAGAACACACCAGAGCCUUUCUCACUGGUGAUAUCGUCUGCCUUCCCAAAGUCUGUAGAGUCCUGGGGCCUAGUGACUCAUCAGCGAGGUGUCGCUCUGCCUGGGACAUCAGCAAAAUCUAGGUUGUUACUGUGCAGGUUCAGAUGGAGAAAGGAAGAAGGACAAAGGCCGGGCUUCCCCAUCUUCCCAGUUUUCAAUGACCAGAGCAUCAGAAGGGCUGAAGAGCUUUGACCUUUGGAAAGGGGCCUUUCUAGUUCAGUUUUUGAAGGACUGGAGUCUUCUCUUGCUCUGGGAAUGAGAGGACCGGCAGGCUGUCAUGGCGACCAGUGGGGACCCAGAGGAGGAGCAGGUAGUCCCAAGCGAAGAGGAUGAAGCCGAUGUGCGGGCCGUGCAGGCCCAGUACCUCCGGAGCCCCUCCCCCAGCCAGUACUCGAUGGUCUCAGAUGCAGAAACAGAAAGCAUUUUCAUGGAGCCCAUUCACCUCUCCUCAGCUGUUGCAGCUAAGCAGAUCAUCAAUGAAGAAUUCAAGCCACGGGGGAGCAGAGCCGAGGGCGAGUGUCCAGGCAUGCUGGAGUCGGCCGAGCAGCUGCUGGUGGAGGACCUGUACAACCGUGUCAGGGAGAAGAUGGAUGACACCAGCCUGUACAACACCCCCUGUGUCCUGGAUUUACAGCGGGCCUUAGUCCAAGACCGCCAGGAAGCCCCCUGGAAUGAGGUGGAUGAAGUCUGGCCCAAUGUCUUCAUAGCAGAGAAGAGUGUAGCUGUGAACAAGGGAAGGCUGAAGAGGCUGGGAAUCACUCACAUUCUGAAUGCCGCUCAUGGCACCGGCGUCUACACUGGGCCCGAAUUCUACACUGGCCUGGAGAUUCAGUACUUGGGUGUGGAGGUGGAUGACUUCCCCGAGGUGGACAUCUCCCAGCAUUUCCAGAAGGCUGCUGAGUUCCUUGAUGAAGCCUUGCUGACCUACAGAGGGAAGGUCCUGGUCAGCAGCGAGAUGGGCAUCAGCCGGUCCGCCGUGCUGGUGGUGGCCUACCUGAUGAUCUUCCACAGCAUGGCCGUCCUGGAGGCCCUCAUGACCGUGCGCCGGAAGCGUGCCAUCUACCCCAACGACGGCUUCCUGAAGCAGCUCCGGGAGCUCAACGAGAAGCUGAUGGAGGAGAGGGAGGAAGACUACGGUCAGGGAGGGGGCUCAGAGGAGGCCGAGGAGGGCGAGGACGCGGAGAGCAUUGCCGGGGCCAGAGUGCGCACCCUCAGCGUGCAGGAGGAGGACGACACCACCAGCCGCCUGAGCGGCUCCUCCUGGGGGAAGGCCAGCCAGGCGUCCAAGCCCCUCACCCUCAUUGACGAAGAUGAGGAGGAGAAGCUGUUCGAGGAGUGGAAGAAGGGGCAGGGCCUCCCCACAGGCAGGGUCCCCCCGGGGGGAGAUGACGGGCGGUCGGCCUCCAGCCAGGGUGGGGAGGAGCCCGAAGACGAGGACGUGGACCGGAUGAUCCAGGAGUGGCAGAGCCGGAACGAGAGGUACCAGGCAGAAGGGCAUCGGACGUGGGGGAGGGAGGAGGAGGAGGCGGAGGCGGAGGCAGGCGAUGGCCGCUCGUUCAUGAGGAGAAGACGGAGGCACACCCUGAGUGAGAGCAGCACAUCCGAGAGUGUCAGCAGCCACGACCUCCGGGUCCUGAAGCAGCAGCUGGAGACCAGCCGCCAGAGCCGAGGGGGGAGAGGCCGCUCUGACUCGGCGCCCACUGAGAGCACCUGGGACGUGUGGAGCCAGAGGCUGCUGGGGAUUGAGAAGGAAGCCUCCCGUCGCUCUCAGUCCCGGAGCAAGAGGGCGGAGGUGGACGCCGGCUCGGAGGUGGGGAGCAGGGCGCGCGAGGACGGCGAGCAGAGCGUGUCUUCGGAGGCCAGCUCCUUCUCCAGCUUCUGUAGCCGGAACAGGGACAGGCUCACGGCCCUGGAAAGGUGGAAGAUCAAGAGAAUCCAGUUCGGAUUUCACAAGAAAGAACUGGGCGCAGAAGACAGCAGCAGCGAGCAAGGUGCCGAGGAGGCAGAGAGCGAGGGGAGGAGCUCGGAUGUCAGCCUGACGGCCUACCAGGCCUGGAAACUGAGGCACCAGAAGAAGGUGGGCAGUGAGAACAAGGAGGAGGUCGUGGAGCUCGGCAAGGGCGAGGACUCUGCCUCGGCCAAGAAGAGGCAGCGGCGGCUGGAGCUGCUGGAGCGGAGCCGGCGGACGUUGGAGGAGAGCCAGUCCAUGGGAGGCUGGGAGACCGACUCGUCCGCCGCCGGCAGGAGCAUCCCCCUGUCUGCCUUCUGGUCGGCAGCUCCGUCCGUCGGAGCUGAUGACACAGCCUCCGUCCUCAGCACCCAGAGCCACAGCUCCCGCCCCUCUCAGGCUGGGAGCCAUGCGGGGAGCUGCUUGGCCUCUCUCCCUGCCGCAGCGCUGCCUAACCUGCCCGUGGGGCCUGGAGACACCAUCUCCAUCGCCAGCAUUCAGAACUGGAUUGCCAAUGUGGUCACCGAGACUCUGGCCCAGAAGCAGAACGAGGUGCUGCUGUUGUCCCGCUCACCAUCGGUGGCCAGCAUGAGGGUGGCACCGGUAGCCGGUGGCCGGGGGGAUGACCAGGUCUCCCUGCUCAGUGGCCACAGUGGCUCCUCCCUGGGCAGCGGCCUGCUGCCUCAGAGCCAGCUGGGACCCAGCUCCGACACGCCGGCCCUGCUGUCCUCCCACACGGCGCUGGGCUCAAGGGCCCAAGGUCUCGGGAGCCGAGUCAGGGGGACCAGCAAGCCUGUCUAUAGCCUCUUUGCCGACAACGUUGACCUAAAGGAGCUUGGCCGGAAGGAGAAGGAGAUGCAGAUGGAACUGAGGGAGAAGAUGUCCGAGUACAAGAUGGAGAAGCUGGCCUCGGACAACAAGCGGAGCUCCCUCUUCAAGAAGAAAAGGGCCAAGGACGAUGAGGAUGGCGGCGCGGGCGACGGGGACGAGGGCGCGGACAGUGCCGCCCGGAGCUUCCGGUACUCCUCCCGCAGUGACUCGCAGAAGCCUGAAGCAGACACCUCUUCGUCCCUGGCUGUGUCGGAUCGCUGUGGAAGUGGAAGCCGGGCUGGCAGAGAGACGGAAGGCGGCAUCGCUAAGUGGCUCAGCGGCCUCCGGACAGAGGACGAAUCUCCUCCCCAGAGUGAUUGGUCUGGAAGCUCCAGGGGGAGGUCCACCAGGUCUUCACUGCUCCGGGAAACGGAGUGCAAGUCCUCUAGCUACAAGUUCUCCAAAUCGCAGUCGGAGGAACAGGACACGACCUCCUUCCGUGAGGCCAACGGCAACUCUGUAAGGAGCACUUCGCGGAUGUCUUCCUCCUCCACCAGGGAGGGCGGAGAGAUGCACAAGUUCUCCAGGUCGAUGUUCAGUGAGACCUCAAGCUCCCGAGAGGAGAGCCCAGAGCCCUACUUCUUCCGCCGGACCCCCGAGCCCUCCGAAGGGGAAGAGUCCCCGGAAGCACAGCGUCCAAACUGGGCCAGGCCCAGGGACUGGGAAGAUGUGGAAGAGUCGUCCAGCUCAGACUUUUCUGAAUUCGGAGCCAAGAGGAAAUUCACCCAGAGCUUCAUGAGGUCUGAGGAAGAGGGAGAAAGAGAGAGGAUGGAAAACAGAGAAGAAGGGAGGUUUGCUGCAGGGCGGCGGUCCCAGUAUCGGAGAAGCACUGACAGGGAGGAGGAGGAAGAAAUGGACGACGAAGCCGUCAUUGCUGCCUGGAGACGCCGGCAGGAAGAGACCAGGACGAAGCUGCAGAGAAGGAGGGAGGAGUAACCCGGGCAAGGCAGGCCUGGGAGAGACGGAGAACGUGGGAAGAAGCCACACGGCUUAGCACGGGGCUCGGGGCACACCUGGCCUCCGCCCGUCAAGGGACAGGGAUGUGGAGAGGCGCAUACAGACGGGCAAAACCCAAAUGAGAGGUACGAGGCAGCUCUGGAGGUGGAGAGGAGGAGGAGAGGCAUCACGUGGGUCUGAAUGAUGGGCCAACUGACACCGAAUUCUGUUGCCGCAUGUCCUCUUAUGGUUUGACCCUUCGCUUGUGUAUCUCCUCCUGUUCAGCACUGACUGGAGAGGUGAGCUCACCACGACACCAUAGCUCGUCAGAGAUUCCAGGCUUACAUCCAGGAAGACUGAAUGCAGGACAUGGUUCUGUUGGUGGAGGUUUUGUGAGACCCAGGAAAUUUACCCUGUGGCAGGUCUCACCUCUCCUGGCAAAACUGAGUUCUGGUGGUUUCUUUGAAAUGUUGGGGAUCUCCAUUAAAAUGAUAUGUUGUCUGACAUUUAUCCUUCAUUCUGGUCACUUUUAGCUCUUUGAACCCCCCUCAAAAGACACAGAUGGUGAUGAUGAGUGAGCCUCGCCUUGUUUCGUAAAUGCUGUGCCUUCGGACAAAACUACUAUCAUCACAUUGAAACAGUGAUCGAGUAUCUCGUCUAUGACGCAGUAUAGUGGGAAGACAUGAGGAGGACCCGAGAGAGUAACAGGGAAUCAGAGGGAGAUCAGGUUGUAUUGUGGUGAGAGUGGUGAGGCGUGGGCAGAGAUGGGGUCCCUCUGGAAGAGCAGAGGAAAAAAAAAACAAACUUUGGGGGCGCGGGUUGGGGGAGAAGAAACAAAGCCCAACACGAAGAGAUGGCAGUGUGGUUCCAUGAGAUCUUGAGUCACCCUUGCUUUUCAUCCCUUGGAGGAUGGUUGGACCAUGCAGUGGGCAGCCCACUGGAUCCUUCCUGUGCUCUGGAUGGGCUGAGUCAGUGAGAAUGCUUUACCCUUUAUUCCCAAGGUAUGUCUGCCUUACAGAACACAGGUUGGGCUGCCGAAGCCAGCAGACAUGUGUUAAACAUCUUAAGACAAGCAUUGGUGGACUGGUUUCUACAGUUCCUUUCAACACGCAGCACCUGGCAUGAUUUGAAAAUAGGCAUAUGCCUUGAAGGGCUCCACGUUGUCUAGAUGUCAGUGAGCCUUAGUCUCUGGUUUCCAGUGCUUGAUAGAACAUUCUCUUCAUAUGACAUGACAGUAUCUUCAUAUACCGCCAGGAAGAAGGCCAGUUGCUGCCCAUUUCUGGGUGAGCUCAAGCCUUCCUCUCUCUUUUCACUCCCACGGGGAAAUUUCUGGUGGAGGCACAAUCAACUAGAAGGUUAAUCUUCUGGAUGGAGGAAUGAGAAUGUCCCAGGUACAACAGCUCUCUUUUUCUUUUCUGAUCUUCUUAAGUUAUCUUAUAAUUUAAGGUAAAUACUUAGAGAGCCAGGGUCAGGGAUGAAUAGACCAAGUGAGUUGACAGGCGAGCUGAGCCCUAGCCAUCCACAGGAGCCAUGUAACUCAGGCCUCCAUGUGUCUUGCUCUUUUUUAAUAUGAGUGAAAAAUAAAUAAGUUGAUCUCAGCCACACAGAUGUAGAAAAGAAAUGUUUUAAAAACAAACUUAGUGGGGCACCUGGGUGGCUCAGUGGGUUAAAGCCUCUGCCUUCAGCUCAGGUCAUGAUCUCAGGGUCCUGGGAUCGAGCCCCGCAUCGGGCUCUCUGCUCCGCAGCGAAGCCUGCUUCCCUUCUUCUCUCUCUGCCUGCCUCUCUGCCUGCUUGUGAUCUCUCUCUGUCAAAUAAAUAAUAAAAUCUUUAAAAAAAAAAAACAAACAAACAACUUAGUCACUCCCAACUUGUAUCCCAACUGAGUGGAUGUUGAACAAAAUGCAAAGCAUCUUAAUUUUUCAAGAGUCACCUAGUCUUUCCCCGGCAGUGAAUGUGAGCCUGGGGGGACACAGACCGAGGGGACCACCUGGCCUGCUUUUGGCUGCACUCGUAGGCUGAAGGACAGCAAUCGCCCCUCAUGGAGGAGCUCAGCUCACUAGAGGAAGAAACCAGAGAAGGGGCAGGGUCAAGCCCUGGAGAAAGGCCUUUGCUUGCUCUGUCUCCAAGGAGAGCGCCUCCAGGAUCCUGCCUUCAGGGAGGUGUCUGUCUGGGAAUUUGGGAUUCUGAAUUCAGCUUACUCCUGGAGUUUAGAUUUUAUUUCAGGAAACCACAUCAGUAGAAAUUUUAUGUGAUUUUUGAUGAGCUUGAACAGAUUUUAGAGUAUUAGGAUCACAACUAUGACUUCUGAAUUAGUGAUCUGAAUUAGUGAUUCUGAAUUAGUGAUCAAGUAUUUCAAUCCAGGAUGAUGGGUUGCACUCCGGCCUUCCAGACUCACAGGGAUGCCUUGUGUCUGUAAAGGUCCCAGUAGAUGUCAUGCCCCAGUUGGAAACUGAUGAGCGUUUAAUGCAGCAACUGUGCACAGUGGCAUGGGCAGGGUUAAGGGGACGAGAAGGGAGGGAGAAUAAAGCACCCAGGUCCUAGCAAUGUGAGAGACGGAAUACCACCCGAGAGCGGAAGGGACAGCGUGAGGGAGCUGUUUGUAGAGCCUGGCAAGAGCCACAGUCGUGGGCCGAGGGCCAGCAGAGGAGUUAGGGGGAUGACUACCCCGACCU